CGAAACUCGGCCCAUCGCCGCUCCGACGGGCCCCCAUGAUUUAUUCAGCAGUAGAUCGGGGCACGCAAUCGGGCUGUCAGGGAGAGCGUCAGCUUAUUAGGCAAGUUCUGCGUGAUUCCAGGAGAGGGUCUAAGCUAUAAAAAUCCCGCGCCCCGGCUCUGAUUAGUACCAAAUCUGAUCCCAAGUUCGCCAGGAGCCGGCUCCGAGGGAGAGCGAGAGGAAGGGACGCCGGGCACCGCCGAGUCCCGCCGCCGCCCGCCCUGCCCUGACGCCGCCGCCGCCCCAGGUUUGGGCCCCGAUCAUGAAGAUCCCGCUGCUGGUCUCCACGGGAAUCCUGCUGGUCGCCCUCCUGCCCUGCCAGGAGUGCAGAGCUCUCAGCAAGAGCCCGGCACCCGCCCCUGGGGCUCUGCACCAGCCAGAUUUCUUCCAGCAGCAGCAGCAGCAGCGACAGCAGCAGCAAACUCUGCCCGUCCUGCUCCGCAUGGGAGAAGAGUAUUUCCUGCGCCUGGGCAACCUUCACAAGAGACCCCUUGGCUCUUUCUCCGCCUCCUCCAGCAGCACCAGCCACCUACAGCCCGAAGCCUCCGCCAGCAACUUUUUCCGGGCGGCGGUUCAACAGCUGCAGCAGCUGCCCGAGCGCUCGCCGGGGAACCGAGAGGACGGCGAAGCCGAGGGUGAGGCGGUGGAGAGGGAGAAGCGAUCCGAGGAGCCCCCUAUUUCUCUGGAUCUGACUUUCCACCUUCUGAGAGAAGUCUUGGAGAUGGCCCGAGCCGAGCAGUUAGCGCAGCAAGCUCACAGCAACAGGAAACUGAUGGAGAUAAUCGGGAAGUGAAACGGCCCCUCCCCGCCUUGCCAAAGAGAUUCCGCAGUUAGCACAAGAAUAAUUACACCGUCCGAUGUACCAUAGUGCUGCUCUGAUGUCAUCUCUUUAUUUUUAUAUAGCUUUAAACCUAGAAGGGCGUACUCCGAACAGCCUCUGUCCCUUGACUAGCAUGCACAACCGUGUACCAAGUGCAGAAACACGAGUGUCGUUUGUAACCUCCCUUACCUUUAUUUAUUUCUCCAUUUCCCAGUUAUUCUAGUGCCAUCGCUACGUAGGGAUGUGUGAGCAUUGGAAGAAACGGUGCCAAGAAGACAGAAAACUUUUCUGUUAGGGGGCAGGGAGGUGGGAGGGGGAAUCUCUGUAAGCUACUUUCAAUCCACUUUUUUUUUCCUGUAAACAUUUUCACAAUAAAACAUCUUUUCAGCGCUCGGUCGAUUUGGUUGUGUAAGAGAAUGUUUAAUAUUUAUAUUUUUAAUAAAAGCUGCAAAGUAAA